AUGAAGAAACAGGGGCCUCCUGAGCCCCUGUCAGAAGAGCAUUUUGCCAAUCUGAAGCGAAAGAAGGGCCUCCCCGUCGACAAUACAAGUGAAGAGCUCCCAGCGAAGAAGCGGAGGACGGCCAAGAAGCCUGAGCCUGUCAAGGCCAAGGGUAAGACGGCCGCCACAGCGAAAAAACCUGCUGCGCAACAGACGAAUGGAACGAAGACGUCCAAAGCCUCAGCGACGAAUGGCAAGAAAUCGAAAGCUCGAGUGCCAGAACCCGAGUCUGCUUCUGACGAUGAGUUAGACGUGGAUGCGUUCAGCGGCUCUGAUCUGGAUGCGGAAGGCUUGUCAGAUCUGGAGGAUGGAGACGAGAUGCAACUGGGCGACGACUUCCUCGGAUCCGACUCCUCUGUCUACGACUCCGACGCGGAGCAGCAAAAACAGGAGUUCGUCUUCUCUGAGGAUGAGGAUGAUUCUGAUCUGGAAGAGAAGUUGACAGCUGCAAAUAUCGAGGGUCUGUCGAGGAAGCUGGACAUGCAAUUGGCGCAAGAGGCUGCAGAAGCACAGGCCGAACUUGAGGAGACUGCACUACAAACAAACAUUGAUGGAGAUAAACCUCAUGUGCUCGACGAUGACGAGGAAGACGGUGAUGAGCUUGCCAAGAAGACAAAGUCUCUGUUGGCUCCAGACCUGCAACUACUACGGAACAGGAUAACAGAGACUGUACGAGUACUGGACGACUUUGGCAAGCUUGCAGAGGAAGGCAGGUCAAGGGCAGAGUAUACAGCCCAGCUGCUGAAGGACAUCUGCACAUACUACGGAUACUCUGAGUAUCUUGCGGAGAAGCUGUACAAUCUGUUCAGUCCUAAGGAGGCCUUCGCCUUCUUCGAGGCUAACGAAAGUGCCAGACCUGUUGUCAUCAGAACCAACACUUUGAGGACAAAUCGAAGAGAUUUGGCUGGUGCCCUCAUCAACAGGGGUGUCACUCUGGAGCCGGUAGGGAAAUGGUCGAAGGUCGGCCUGCAAAUCUUCGAGAGUAAUGUGCCACUUGGUGCUACUCCCGAAUACCUGGCCGGUCACUACAUUCUGCAAGCUGCUUCUUCGUUUCUACCCGUAAUGGCCCUCGCCCCACAGGAGCACGAACGAGUGCUCGAUAUGGCUGCUGCCCCCGGCGGUAAAACAACACACAUGGCAGCGCUGAUGAGGAACACUGGCUGCAUCUUCGCCAACGAUCCGAGCAAGCAGCGAGCGAAGGGUCUGAUUGGUAACAUCCACCGUCUGGGUGCAAGAAAUGUUAUCGUGGCGAACUACGACGCCCGAGAGUUCCCUAGGGUCAUUGGAGGCUUUGACCGAGUAUUGCUUGAUGCGCCUUGCUCAGGUACAGGUGUCAUUGCCAAAGAUGCGAGCGUUAAGACGAAUAAGACGGAGCGCGACUUCAUGGUGCUUCCACAUACGCAGAAGCAGCUGCUUCUCGCUGCAAUUGACUCUGUCAACCAUGCCAGCAAGACUGGCGGCUAUCUAGUCUAUUCUACUUGCUCCGUCACCGUAGAGGAGAACGAGCAAGUUGUUGCAUACGCCCUAUCAAGGCGACCCAACGUCAAGCUCGUCGAGACCGGCCUGCCUUUCGGAAAGGAAGGCUUCACGAGCUACAUGGGCAAGAAGUUCGACGCCAGCCUGAAGCUGACCCGUCGCUACUACCCGCACACGUACAACGUCGACGGCUUCUUCGUCGCCAAGUUCCAGAAGACGGGCCCCACGCCGGCAAACGCCGUGCUGGCGGACAAGAGGGCCGCUCCCUCCAACGGCGUGGGCAAGGUCGCGGCUGCCGACGAGGUUAUAGACAAGACGCCAAUCGCGGGCGAUGCCGAGACCGACGAGAAGGACGACUUUGGUGGCUUUGACGACGAUGAGGACGAGAAGUACAUUGAGCGCGCUAAGCGGAAUGCGAUGAGGAGGAGAGGUCUCGAUCCGCGGGCGCUCAAGAAGAAUGGGCAAAAGGGGUCGGAAAAGGCAAAUUAG